AUGAGGUUUAGGCACGAAAAUGGGCGCUCAUACCACGGCUGGAAGCCAGAAAGGGGAUAUAUCUUGCCCAGUGAUGAGCAAGAAAGCGACCGGUUGGAUAUGCAGCAUCACAUCUUUUACUUGACCCUCGACGGCGCACUACAUAUUUCGCCUGCCGGGAAGGAGGGCGCGCCGCUAAAACGAGUGCUAGAUGCCGGGACGGGCACGGGAAUCUGGGCAAUGGACUUUGCCGACACACACCCUGGCACACAUGUCAUCGGCCUCGAUUUGAGCCCGAUUCAACCAGGCUUCGUCCCACCAAACCUAGCCUUCUACGUCGACGACCUCGAGGAAGACUGGGAGUUCAGCGAACCCUUCGACUUCAUCUACGGCCGCAUGCUCGCGGGGGCCUUCACCGACUGGCCGCGAUUCAUGCAGCGCUCGUUUGACAACCUCUCCCCCGGCGGCUGGCUCGAGCUCUGCGACAUCACCUUCCCCACCCUCUCCGACGACGGCACCCUGUCGCCCGGCGCGCCCCUCUCCCAGUGGAACGACCACGUCAUCCGCGCCGGCCACAUGCUCGGCCACUCCAUCGAGUGUGCCAAGCACUACCGCCAGCAGAUGAUCGAUGCGGGCUUUGUCAAUGUCCAGGCGAAGCUGUAUAAGUGGCCGAUCAAUGCGUGGCCGAAGGAUGUGCGGUAUAAGGAGAUUGGCAUGUGGUCGGAGCAUAACUUCUGCGGCGGCUUGUACGGGCUCAGCGUGGCGCUGUUCACGCGCGCGCUCGGCUGGACGUCGGAAGAGUUGGAGGUGUUUUUGGUGGGUGUGAGGAAGGAUCUGAGGAAUAGGCAGAUCCAUGCUUAUUGGCCCAUGUGA